GCUCCCCCUGCGGGGCACCGCCUCUUUUCCUCUCCGCCCGCCCGCUAGGCGGCGCUAUGGAGCUUGCAGCCCACCUGCGAGGCACUCCCGCCCUCCCCACCCCUCAGCCCGCGCCCGGCGGAGAGACUACAACUCCCGGGGUUCUCUGGAAACGGAGCCGCGGGAGCUACGGGCGGAGGGACGCGAGGGCGGGCUUUCCGGGUGUGUGUUUCCGGCGUCGGCGGCCGUGGCCGGGGACGGUGUGAGAGCGGUAAGAUGGCGGCGGCGGCGGUGGUGGAGUUCCAGAGAGCCCAGUCUCUCCUCAGCACCGACCGGGAGGCCUCCAUCGACAUCCUCCACUCCAUCGUGAAGCGUGACAUUCAGGAAAACGAUGAGGAGGCAGUGCAAGUCAAAGAGCAGAGCAUCCUGGAGCUGGGAUCUCUCCUGGCGAAGACCGGACAAGCUGCAGAGCUUGGGGGACUCCUGAAGUAUGUGCGACCCUUCUUGAAUUCCAUCAGCAAGGCUAAAGCAGCUCGCCUGGUCCGAUCUCUUCUUGAUCUGUUUCUUGAUAUGGAAGCAGCUACAGGGCAGGAGGUCGAGCUGUGUUUAGAGUGCAUUGAAUGGGCCAAAUCAGAGAAAAGAACUUUCUUACGCCAAGCUUUGGAGGCAAGACUGGUGUCUUUGUACUUUGAUACCAAGAGGUACCAGGAAGCAUUGCAUUUGGGUUCUCAGCUGCUGCGGGAGUUGAAAAAGAUGGAUGACAAAGCCCUUUUGGUGGAAGUACAGCUUUUAGAAAGCAAAACGUACCAUGCCCUGAGCAACCUGCCGAAAGCCCGAGCUGCCUUAACCUCUGCUCGAACCACAGCAAAUGCCAUCUACUGCCCCCCUAAAUUGCAGGCCACCUUGGACAUGCAAUCAGGUAUUAUCCAUGCAGCAGAAGAGAAGGACUGGAAAACUGCGUACUCGUACUUCUAUGAGGCAUUUGAGGGUUAUGAUUCCAUUGACAGCCCCAAGGCCAUCACAUCUCUGAAGUACAUGUUGCUGUGCAAAAUCAUGCUCAACACCCCAGAAGAUGUCCAGGCUUUGGUGAGCGGGAAGCUUGCACUUCGGUAUGCAGGGAGGCAGACAGAAGCAUUAAAAUGCGUGGCUCAGGCUAGCAAGAACAGAUCACUGGCAGAUUUUGAAAAGGCUCUGACAGAUUACCGAGCAGAGCUCCGGGAUGACCCAAUCAUCAGCACACACUUGGCCAAGUUGUAUGAUAACUUACUGGAACAGAAUCUGAUCCGAGUUAUUGAGCCUUUUUCCAGAGUACAGAUAGAACACAUAUCUAGUCUCAUCAAACUUUCCAAGGCCGAUGUGGAAAGGAAAUUAUCACAGAUGAUUCUUGACAAGAAAUUUCAUGGGAUUUUGGACCAGGGGGAGGGUGUCCUGAUUAUUUUUGAUGAACCCCCAGUAGAUAAAACUUAUGAAGCUGCUCUGGAAACAAUUCAGAACAUGAGUAAAGUAGUGGAUUCCCUUUACAACAAAGCCAAGAAACUGACAUAGAGUUGGAUCUGUAGCGGUCCUUUGGAGAGUGUGUGUGGCGGGAGAGUGAAACCUUGGGGGAAAAUGCUAGGAGAUUUCUUUUUUCUUUUUGUUCUACUUUUCGCUCGGAAAGUUUUUAAAUCCUCAUUUGGUGCAUCUGUACUCCAGCCAAUAGGUGUGCCAGUUUUCAUGUAAUCUUUACUGGCCCAACUUGGGAGUGGGGAAAUUGCUUAAAAAAAAAAGAAAAAGAAAAAAAAAAGAUUAUUCUAAAUAAAAGGAAAAAGGCUUACACUA